AUGCACAAUAGUGGUAGUCAGACCCAGGAAGCAACCAAAGGUUCCAACGUAAUGGAUCCACAAUCUACUGCACGCUCUUUUCAAUCAACUCCCCAAAGCCGUGUAAUGACUCGUGUAUUGAGGAAGCAUCAUAGACAAUCUGCAAGAACAACAUUGGUAGCGCACAAAGUUGGACCUCCGGGGCUUGAUGCCAAUACAGGGCCUUCAUUGUCUCCCGGACCAGGAGAGUCAAUCCCAGAGAACAACAAGGAUGAUGCAAGGUUCAUCAGCAUGAUGGAAGUGGCAAUGCUUUGGGCAUUCCCCGGUCUGGCCUCUCUUGCACAGAGUGUACAGAGCCUACAUAAUCAGAGUGGUUCUCCACACUACUGCCAACAGAAACAGAAACCGGCAGAAAUCAAACAGUUCAAAAAUAUCAGAAGCGAUGUACUUGCGUAUAACAGAGGUGAUGAAAACACUACUGGGCCCAACAGAGAAGACAUACACUUUGAUAUGAGGGGAGACAUGGGUUCUGAAUGGAACAAGAAGAUAUUCCAAUAUCUUCUUGAAUACCUGAAGCAAGCAAAAGACAAAUGGUGUCUUCCAGAAGCUCCAGACAGCUAUUCAGAAGAUUUGAUUAUUGAUAAAUUUAAUAGGGUUAAAUUGUACUGGAAAGCAGCUCAAUGGCAAGUCAAUUUGAAUGAUGAAGUGGAAACAUGGCAGGAAGUUAAGAAGAGGUUGAUUACACAACAGGAGGAUAGGUUGAACCAAGCAAGACAAAGGGAAAGACAAAGUAAUAUGGUUAUCAAAACCAAGAAGCAUAGCGGUGCACUAGACACUAUAAUAUGGGAAUGGCUGAAAGACAUGAUUGAUUGUCUGGAAGAGGACAUUAUGAGCUCAGAAGAGAGCAAUGUGGAGAGGGAUGACGAGGGAAUGGUGGAAAAAAUAUAUAGGGUGAAGGUGAUGUUUUGGCAAAGAAACAUUGAGAAAGAGCUUGGAAUUAUCAAUAAUACAAGAUUGCAAGAUGUUAACCUUUACUUGCAGUGAGGUUCCAAGCCGGCCAAACAAAGGCAGAGCAACAAGAAUCUGCUAACAAAAUGCAAUCCAGUUUGUACCCUUCCCAAGGUACUUUAUAACAAGGAUUGGCUGGAUAAUCAAAGUGCCAGCUAUUGCAAACUGACUCUGUGGGUAUCAAGGGAACAGUUCAGAUGAUUUGAGGUUAGUGCGCAGCGUGUAACUUGUACGUAGAUGUAUAUACUAUGGUGCCGUGAAAUAUCCUUAUGGUUGAAUGUAAUGCCGCUGUCAUGCACCAAAGUUGAUUGGUAGCAUGGACAGGUGUCAAUAACGAAGAGAAUAUUCAAAAAGACUUGCCUUUGCACCACACAGGCAUAGU